GUUCUAACAUUUCAAUCAUUUUUGACUCAAGGGAGAAUGAGAAUGAGAAAUGUGGAAAACCACAACCACCAAACAUUCCUGGACAUGAGGUUGCUAAGGUUAAAACUAAGAAACAAAAUUCCCUGUACCCUUCUGCUUCUGCUGAAGAUUUGAGAUAUUUAGACAUGGAAAAAGACAAACCUGAUGAAUCAUCUCCGAGAGGAGUUUUAGACGCCUGUACAAGAGACUCACAAAGUAACAAAAGCUCUCAUGAAAACAGCAAAUCCAAGUCCUCACAAUCAGGGGGACUAUUCAAUUGGAGUAAACUCUUGAGGUUGUGGAGUAAGAAGUCUAUUAAGCGCUUGGCCUCGUUUCCUCCGGUCAAUGUUCCGAAGAUAUCGAGGAGAAAGAGCAGAAGUGAAAGAGAGAAUCCGCAAUUAUGCAUCCUAUACAACUUCCAGAACUCAUUGGUCAGCUUUACCUUCUCCGAGCUGCAAACUGCGACCCACAACUUUAGUGCCGAAAAUCUGGUUGGAAAAGGUGGCUAUGCCGACGUUUACAAGGGUUGUCUGAAGGAUGGACAGCUUAUCGCUGUAAAGCGGCUGACAAAAGGAACAGCAGAUGAGAAAACAUCAGGCUUCUUAUCUGAACUUGGCAUUAUAGCUCAUGUAAAUCACCCCAAUGUUGCUAAAUUGAUUGGAAGUUGCAUUGAAGAAGGAAUGCACCUUGUUUUCCAAUUGUCUCCUCUUGGGAGUUUGGGAUCUGUCCUUCACGGUUCAAAGAAUACAAUAAUAGGUUGGAAAGAAAGAUAUAAAAUUGCUUUAGGAACAGCAGAUGGUCUUUUGUACCUUCAUGACAGUUGUCUGAAGCGAAUUAUCCACAGAGACAUCAAGGCUGACAACAUUCUCCUUACAGAAGAUUAUGAACCUCAGAUUUGUGAUUUUGGGCUUGCAAAAUGGCUGCCCAAACAAUGUUCUCACCACAAUGUCUCUAAAUUCGAGGGGACGUUCGGGUACUUUGCUCCUGAAUAUUUCAUGCAUGGAAUAGUAGAUGAGAAAACUGAUGUCUAUUCCUUUGGGGUUCUGCUCUUGGAGCUCAUGACUGGGCGUCCAGCAUUGGAUGAUCAACAGAGAAGCCUUGUUAUUUGGGCCAAGCCUCUUCUUGAUAGCAAUGAUACUAAAAAGCUUAUUGAUCCUUCUCUUGGUGAAAAUUACAUCCCAGAAGAGAUGGACCUGGUGGCUUUGACUGCGUCUUUGUGCAUUGAGCAGUCUCCUAUCUUACGUCCUCGAAUGAACCAGGUUGUUGUAGUGCUUAGAGGCGAUGAACAAGAUUCCGCGCGUGCAAAAGAAUGUAAGAAAGGAUCCCUCCAAAGAACAUACUCAGAAGAGCUCUUGGAUGUUCAAGAAUACAACUCAACUAAGUAUCUGAGUGAACUCGACAAACACAAGCAGGUUGCAUUCAGUUCUUGAGACAAUGUUAAUUAUAAGUGU